AUGCUUCCUGAAAUACCUUUCAAAGAUUUCCGAAUUGGAUCCCAAUUUUUUAUAUUGAAUCGCUACCAUGCAAAAUUAGUGGUAAAAGAUGAGAAACUAUGGAACAAAUUCAAGCUUCCAUGUGUGUUUUCAAAAUAUUGUUACCCUGAAGAACAGUAUUUUUCGACGUUGCUGAACAUGGAAGAUUCAAGUUCUUGUAUACCGGCAACACUUACUCAUGUGGAUUGGUCCAAGCAUAUAAGUGCUCAUCCUUGGACUUAUCAGGACACCGAAAUAAGAAUGGAACUUAUCGAAUCUUUACGACAACGAGAGGUCAGGUAUGAAAAAGGCGGUGUUGAAAAUCAAACUGAAGCUCGUCUUGAUCAUAAUUGUUCAUUUCUGUUUGCAAGAAAAUUUUCACCUAAUUGUUUGAAACCGUUACUGGAUAUUGCCAGUGAUCUUAUUUUGUAA